AUAGAGGGGGAGAGCGGGAGGCUUCAGCUCACACAGGCAGAGUGGAGCGGGAGGGAGCAGCCCUUGCACAGCCGGGCUCCGUUAUAGCCCACCGCCCAUCUCUCUCUCUCCCUGUGUGUAUUCGCCGCCCUCCCCCUUUGGAGUUUUGCUUCUAUUUUACAGUGAGCCGCUCUCUAAAAAUGAUGCCCGGCUCUUUACGCCGCUGAGCACGCGUUGCCGACUGGAAUUUGUACUAUUUAAUUCUCUUCCCCCCUCCCCUCUCUUUGUAUUAUGGGGAAAGAGCAGGAACUUCUGGAAGCCGCUCGAAUUGGGAAUGUAGCGGUGGUGGAAAAAUUGCUAAGUGGCAAAAAGGGAUUAUUGGGAAGUGGUCCGAGCUCCACCCCACUCUCCAGCCUGCUGAGGAAGCGGUUUCUGCACUCCAAACUGUCACCCACAAGCAUUUGGCGGGGACCCAACGUAAACUGUACAGAUACUUCUGGUUACACGGCCUUACAUCAUGCUGCUUUGAAUGGACACAAGGAUGUUGUUCUGAAGCUCCUUCAGUACGAAGCCUCCACCAAUGUGGCAGAUAACAAGGGUUGUUUUCCACUCCAUUUGGCUGCUUGGAAGGGAGACAUGGAUAUUGUGAAAAUUCUAAUCCACCAUGGACCAUCCCAUUCGAGAGUCAAUGAGCAGAACAAUGAGAAUGAAACCGCAUUGCACUGUGCAGCACAGUAUGGACACUCAGAUGUGGUCGCCGUCCUCUUAGAGGAACUGACUGAUCCCACAAUAAGGAACAACAAAUUUGAAACACCCCUCGACUUGGCCGCUCUCUAUGGUCGCCUGCAGGUGGUCAAGAUGUUAAUAAAUGCACAUCCAAAUUUGAUGAGCUGCAAUACCAAAAAACAUACUCCUCUACAUCUGGCUGCACGCAAUGGACAUAAGGCCGUAGUCCAGGUUUUGUUGGAGGCCGGCAUGGAAGUGAACUGCCAGACUGAGAAGGGUAGUGCGCUUCAUGAAGCUGCCUUGUUCGGAAAGCUGGAUGUUGUCCGAAUUCUACUGGAAGCAGGAAUUGAUGCAAGUAUUAAGGACACACAAGAAUGGACUGCAUUAGACAUUCUGAAAGAUCACCCGUCCCAGAAAUCACAACAAAUCACCGCUCUUAUACAAGAUUACAUGUUGCAAAAGAUGGAUCUAAAGGGAACAGAAGAACCAGGGAAGCAAUGUCCAGUUCCAACCCCUCGGGCCUCCAUUUCAUCACCAGCAGCCUCACCUUCACAUAAGGUCAAAGGUGAAGCACUAACUGGGGAGCUAUCGAAGCUUUUGUUGGAAAUCAGAGAGAGCCAGGACAAAGAUUUUGAUGAUUUGUGCCAAGCAGUUUCCUCAUGCUCUAUGGACAGUUUUACCAGUGCAAAGGUUUCUGAUGAUGAUGCUGCCAAGUGUGAAAACCAGCCCAAACAUUCCAAGCGAGACCGCCCCUCUCCUCCAAUAAACACGCCACAGGCAGACGAGGAAGAAGGAGAGAAAAGUUGUGGACCAGCAAGACUAUGGGAAGCAUUCACUCCUUGUAAUGGUUGCCGACCACUUGGCUUCCCAAUUUUAACACAGGAAUCUGAAACAAGGAAAGACGACCAGACUCUGGACAUAAGGCUGUCUCCGUCUCUGGACGGUUUCCCUCCAGAAGAGGAGGACAAUCCUUAUGAAUUCCUGGCUACGGCAGUCACCAAGAAACCCCGUUCACUGGAAAUAUCCAGAGUGUCUUCAGGAAUACCAGAAGUUGCGCCACAAGUGACCAUUACUGCACCAGAGGGAAAUCACCAGGGAAAAAGUACAGGUCCCACCCCGGACUGCUCACCACCAUCCCCAGAUACGGCAUUGAAAAAUAUUGAGAAAGUAAUCCGACCUCAGCCUAAGCAACGAACUUCACUGAUUUCAUCUCAGGAGGUAUACAGGCCAAGUCAUGUGUAUGAUCAGUCAGAGGUCAGUUCAUCUGCAGGCUAUGCCAGCGUUAACACCACACCUCCUAUUAGCCCCGCCAACUACUCCAUUGGAUCGAUGGAGGGCAGUGACCUAAUAGAGGAGAGUCUUUGCCAACGUGAGGCCUCUGCGGAAGAUGAACUCCAUGAUGGACACAUCCCUGAGCAGUUUGCAGGUUUACUGCAUGGCUCUUCCCCAGCUUGUGAAUCUCCAGAGAACCCUUAUCAUCUGUACACUAAAACAAAUAAGGAGUUCAGCAAUGACAACGCCUUGAGAAUCAAAGGGCCAACCCGGGAGCCAAAUUUAAUUAAAGCAAAUUCACUACAAUGCACAGAUGAAACAAAUGAAGCACAACGGCCGCAAGCUGUCAGUGAUGCAUCAAUAUUAAACAGAGACAGCAAACCACAAGUUCUUUAUAAAACCAUUUUACACACAAACGUGAACCAGAACGACAGUGACACAUUAGUCAGCACCAGAACUUUUCGGAAUAAUGAUCACUGGAUAAACAGCGCAGGAGAGAAGCUUGCCUUUGAGGAUAGGGCAUGCACUUUAGGAAGGGUAAGAUCAGGAGGGAAGACUCUUCUUGAAUUACAAUUAGCCAGAAACAUUUCAAAGUCAGAUUCCAACCUUAUUACUUGUUCGCCUAUUGAGGAAGAAUCAAGGAGCAGUCGCUGUGAGUCUGUAUCAAACUACUUUAAAGAAAACAAACAGUGCACCGGAAAAUGUCUGGAACGAACACCUUCUUUCACAGCUGAAUGGGAAGAGAUUGAUAAAAUCAUGAGCUCCAUAGGAGCUGGAAUCAAUACUGGCCUGAAAGGAAAGCACGAUGAUGCUUCAGGACCCAGAGUUGUAUUUCAGACUGUGGGACGGUGGCUGGAGAGCAUAGGACUCCCCCAGUAUGAGAACCACCUGCUGGCAAACGGAUUUGACAACAUCCAAUUCAUGGGAAGCAACGUAGUGGAAGAUCAGGAUUUGUUGGAAAUAGGCAUCCUUAACUCUUCACAUAGACAACGAAUCCUCCAGGCAGUUCGUGGCCUACCUCGGGUUAAAGUUAUUGGAUAUGAUACGAACAGUCCAACAUCUGUAGCCGACUGGUUAGAUUCUUUAGAGCUGAAUGAUUACAUCAAGACCUUUCUGGCAAAUGGUUAUACAUCAAUGGAUCUCGUGAAAAAGCUGUGGGAAAUUGAACUCAUUAAUGUGUUGAAAAUUAACCUUCUGGGUCACAGAAAACGAAUCCUAGCAUCACUUGGAGACCGACUUCACGACGAGCCUCCUCAGAAACCUCCGCGAACAAUUACUUUAAGGGUCAGUUGUCCUGAAUCCCGCAAUGCCAUCUUGCAAGAUGAUGUAUAUAUCGUAUCUUGGAUGGACCCUGGGAACAACACUCCUCCUCAACUUUCCCCAUCCCUUAGCCAAAGCACUUACACUGGUGGCUCUCUUGAUAUCCCCUCUUCCCAUUUAAUGAUGCAAGGGGACGCAAGAAGGCGAAUCAAUGACAGCUACUUUGAGGAUAUGCCUAGGUCAAAACUGGAAAGACAAAUGGCUCAGCAGGCAGAAUGGAGUGAGCCUUCCAUUACUCUACGGCCUCCAAAUGAAGCCACAUCAUCUACGCCUGUGCAGUACUGGCAACAUCAUCCUGAAAAGCUGAUUUUUCAGUCCUGUGACUAUGAAGCUUAUUAUUUAGGAUCUAUGUUGGUGAAGGAAUUGCGAGGAACAGAGUCAACACAGGAUGCCUGCUCUAAGAUGCGGAAGGCUUCAGAACAAAUGAAGAAGAUUCCUACAAUUAUACUUUCAAUCUCGUACAAAGGUGUAAAGUUCAUCGAUGCUGCAAACAAGAAUAUCAUCACAGAACAUGAAAUUAGGAACAUUUCUUGUGCUGCUCAAGACCCUGAAGAUCUCUCUACCUUUGCUUACAUCACCAAAGACUUAAAGUCGAGUUACCACUACUGUCAUGUAUUCAGCGCGUUUGAUGUGAAUUUAGCCUAUGAGAUCAUUUUAACACUGGGACAAGCUUUCGAGGUGGCAUAUCAGUUGGCCCUACAAGCCAGGAAAGGUGGCCAUGGUCCGCCCACAAUGCAAGACAGCCUUGAAAGUAAAGCUGGCAAACCCAUCCCAAAGCCGCGAGCAAGUAUCCGGAAAUCUGUGAUUGAUCAACCUCUUCUGGAACAAAAGACUCAUCCUAAUGUACCUUGGAUUGUGGAACCUGUGCAAGAAUCAAAAAGGGCGAUGAGCACUAAUACAAAACACAAAAUUUCACGAAUAGUGACUUGCUCGGCAGUGUGAUGCAUCUUCCGCUUGAGGCAAAGACUAAGAUCUGUGACUGAUUUCUUUCAAAACAAUGCAGCACACGACGUUUUUUGAACUAAACCUGUGAAACCACAAUCAACUGAUUUACUACCUGGAGCGAUCAAUGUUUAUUGAAUAUGAGAAUCGUCAUGUUUCUCAUUUGUUUGCAAAAAAAAAUUAAAGAUUUGGCAGCAUAUAAUAUGGCUAUGCUGCAUUGCCUAUUGAAACCACGUUGAGCUAGAAUUUAACUGUGGUGUGAACAGGCAGCAUUGUAAAAAAUGAUGAUAAUUAUAUGGCAUCAUCUCUGGAAAAAAAAAACUAUUGUGAAUCAAUUUAAUGUUUAUUUUAGAAUCCUUAUUGAACUUGUGUAAUAAUGGUCUUAAGUUGUUUCAAUGUUACAUUAUUUUUAUAUGAUAUAGAAACUAAGCUGGGCUUACUGAUAAAGGUCACCCAAUAUAAGUUAAGGAUGACUAUUAGAGCUUGGGUUGUAAUUGAUAAUCAAAUGUAUAUUGUAUGGUUGGACUGAAUUUUAGUUCAAUUCAGUGUUAAUCUUUUAAUACGGUAUUAUAGUACUUGAACAAUGCUGUUUCCUUGUACAUAUUUUGCCUAUUCACUGUUGAUACAUGUAUGUAGUAAUUUGGCAGUCUAAAAGAACCACUGUAAACAUGGUACCAAAAUGAAAAUGUAUGGGGAUAAAAUAGUGGCCUCGCUGCAACUAAUAAUUGUACAUAUGCUUGGGCUUCCAGUUACAGAUUUUGUAAUUUUGUCAUUAUUUAUAUCCUGCAAAAGCACAUUAAAUAAACAGGAUGUAUAAACAUA